AUGCCACUUGCAUAAUGUGGAGGAUUGUGUUUGAGAGUAACCAAAGAAUUAGGUGCUAAAUUGGAAGUAACAAAUCAAAAAAUAGUUCUAAUAGAAGAUGUGAAGUUCUCGGAUAACAGAACAGAAUUAUACUUCAUAGGCGAAUUAUAUCAUUUAAAUGAAUAGGACUUAAUCGAAGCAAGAAAGACAGAAAAUGUAAGACGAAUUCUGAUUGACUUGUAUAAGGCAUAUAAUUCAUUAUUGAAAUAGAAUAAAUAGCUAGAUUUCUCUCUCUACAAUCUAUUUUAAGUUCAAGAUCAAUUAAAAGUACUCGACAUAGGAGUUUUUAAUAAAAAAGUCUAAAAAGACUCAACUCCAACAAAUUAGCUUGCAUUAUUAAUAUUAAAACUGUUUUUAUCCCGACAACAAUACAAACCGUUAAGAUAUAUGAAUUGCGAAUAGUAGGUUGAAUACAUUAGAAAUUUCAAUGACUUUUUGAUAUUAUUGCCUAUGUUAGAGGACAUUCAAAAAAGAAUUUCCUGGGAAAAUCUUGGCUAUUAUCUACUAUCUGAUUCUCAUAAGCAAGAAGCCCCUCCUGUCGCUGUUUAUUAUAAAUAGCCAUAUAAAUUGAAUUCAACUCUAAAUUCAUAUAGUUUGGCAGUGUAAAGGAUGCAAAGCAAUUUGAGAUCCAGAAGCAAAAGACACUUAGGUUCCCUAUAUGAAUAAUAGAAAACAUCCUUUAAUGGAUAAGAAGAUGACUCCUAAGAGAAUCAUAGGGUAAUACGUUCGAGAAGAACAAUACAUCCAAAUGUUAAUCUAAUCAAACCAGGAUCUAUGUAGUCUACUCCAAAUCAUUAUAAAAUGGAACAUCCAAAUAGACAGUCACCUAUUAUUCUAAAUACUUAAUCGUAAACCUAAUAGAUUAGAUCAUAAUUCAAAACUGAAAAUUCUUUACAAACUAUUUAGCAAAACAUCUCUUAUGAUAAUUUCUUUUUAAAAACCUAAACAAUAACUCCUUAAGAUUCUUAAUCUAAAUUUGUGUCCAUUAAUGCAAGUGUGAGUCAAAAUUUAUAUACUUCCGAAAAUUAAGUUACAAAUGAAAAUGAAUAAUUAAGUACUCUUUAGUAAUUGCAAGAGAAGAGUACGAUUCAACAUGAAAAAAGAAUCUUCAAAUUACCAUAACAUAAAUAAUUGCCUCCAAAUGAUAAUGAAUCAACCAUUAAAGUGAUUAAAUUUGAGGAAGAUUUAGUUAAGGAAUUCGAGUAAUAUUCUGAGAAGUAUAAACAAUAUAUAGAAUGUUUAAAUAUGAUUGGGAAGACUGUUGCUAAAUGCAUAACUACUUUGGAUGCCAAAAAUAAUUUGUGGAUGAUGCCUUUGUUUAUAGUAUUUAAGAGAAUGUAUUAAUUAAGAAUUUCCUUAUAAGAUAGCAUUCAAAAUAAUCAGAAUAUCUUUCAACUCUAACAUUUUUAAGAAUUUGCAGAAAGUUAGAAAUAUCAAGAAUUUUAGAAGGAAUUUAUUGAUUAGAACAACAUUGUCAAAAAUGAGGUGCAAACUUUAUUGUAAAAUUGUGAAUUCAAGAUUGAUAAACUUGAUAAAAAAAACCAAUAGAAAAUAAAUCCAUUGUUGAAUCUAAAUUUGGAUCAGAGUAUCAGAGAUAUUUCCUUUAUCUACUUUUACUAACAGAUUUAUAGUUAUAUUAAAAAGUUAAUGGUCGAGAGACCGAAAUAGGCACAGCAAUUAAGGGAUUUGAUUAUCAAAAUCUAAUGUUCUCUAUUGAUUAUGGACUAGGCUGUUGCAGAUUUCAAAUUUGAUCUGAAGGAAUAUAAUAAUCGCAAAUAAGAUGAAUUGUAUAGAUAGGAAAAUGAAUUAAAAUUAGAGAAAAUAAAAAUGAGAAUAUAAAAAAAUGGAUAUUAAUUUUGA